AUGGCAACGCCAUUUACUACACCAAAGGCCAAUUCCAUCCUUAAACGGCAGACGUCAUAUUCCUGUCAAAGCACAGUAAAUCAACAAACAGCUAUCACACAAGUGGUUACCGCAAUUACAGAAGGGAAUACUUUGAAUGGUUAUGAGAUUGGAAUCGCUAGUAUCGACUUGAAACAUCCUGAAUUAGUACUGUUGCAGUAUACAGAUCGUCAAAAAUAUAUAAAAACCAUCACUGAACUGCAAAUUCUGGAUCCAAUGCAGAUAUUGAUACCGAAAGAGAUCAACGAAAAAAACCUCAAAAAAUCGAAAUUGCAAGCGGUUUUAAGACAGCGCUUUCCUAAUAUUGAGAUACUAUCAUUUCCUCAAAAAUAUUAUAAUUGGAAGGAAGAAUUUAAGCAAGAUUUUUGUUAUGCGCCAUCAUCGCUUAAAACUGAGUACUCCAGAGGUUAUGCUGUCACAACAAUUGACGCUAAUUCCGUUAGGAAUUUGGAGCUUAUUUAUAAUGUAACCAGUAGAUCAAGUAAAGAUUGCUUAUUUAGGGUUUUAGAUCAUACAAGAACGAAGGUGGGAGACUUAUGGUCACAUAUAAUCUCACCAGUUAUCUAUUCUUUGUUAGCUCGACUCCUAAGAUCUAGUAUUCUCCAACCGUGUAGCGAUAAGAAAAAAUUGGAAGAAAGACUCGAUAGUGUUGAAGGUUGUACAAUGGUGGUAUUUGUUACUGCCGAAAUUUUUACUCUGAUUUCUUACAAUCAAAAUCAUGCAUAUAUACAGGAAAUUUAUGGUCCAUUGAGAUCAGCUAUAGACAAGUUUUGUGAUAUUAGCAAUAUGCUGCGAGCUUGCGUGCAAAUACCGAAAAUUGAGAGUUUCAAAAAUGCUGAAGCUAGAAUUGCAGACAUUAUUCGUUUAAGAAAUUCAUUGGAAGCUGUUAAAUCCUUAAUUGUUAGACUACAUGGAGUUAAAUCUACGCUGUUGCAAAGUAUUUAUCAGCCAGAAAUUAAUGGACAUUUAAAUGUAAUUCGUAAAGUUUAUGAGGAAAGUAUUGAUGAUUUGGCUUCACUAAAAAAUUUCCUCCAUGAAAAGUAUAAUAUUCCCGUAGAAAUUGUGUAUAAUAAAGGCAGAGGUUUCCAUUUACAAUUAGAGAGUGAUUUAUCGCCUGAAAGACUCAAUGAAACGUUAAAAGAUAUCUACAUUUUAUCUAACAUUUCCGUAGCACAACUUUACACAAAUUUGAAAAGCUACGUUAGUAGUCUUUAUAAUCUCAGCGAAAAUAUAGCUAUGCUCGACUUCCUUUUAUGCCUUGGUUAUUCUGCUGCUAUAAAUGGUCGAAACGUUCGGCCGACAUUUUCCGAUACCACUGCGAUCAAAGAUGGUCGCCACCCGAUUCUAGAUGUUAUUUCCGUAGUGCCACCUGUAGCCAAUGACAUAUAUAUGUCUCACGAAAAUAAUUUCGCUAUAAUUACUGGACCAAAUAUGAGUGGUAAAACAGUCUAUCUAAAGCAAAUGGCUCUUCUACAAGUUAUGGCACAAAUAGGAGCUUAUGUUCCUGCUACGUGUGCAACUUUUCGCAUAGUUGAUCAAAUCUUUACAAAAAUUGCCGUUGACGGUAGUAUGGAGGAGAAUUGUUCAUCCUUUACAGCAGAGAUGAAGGAAGUAAAUUACAUCAUGCAGAAUGCUACAAAUCACUCUCUUAUUAUAAUUGAUGAACUUGGUAAAGGAACUGCUUCAGAGGAUGGCAUUGGCAUUUGUUUUGCAAUAUGUGAAUAUUUCCUUCAAUUAAAGCAUAUAAAGGACAAUCUCAAUGCUUAUAAGUUGCAAUAUACUCAUAUUUUAGCCCCCGAUAGAACCGUAGAAAAAUAUUACGGUAUUAACUUGGCAGAGUUAUCAUCACUGCCACCGAAAGUAGUAAAUAGGGCAAGAGAAAUAUGCAAAGUAUUAGCAGAUAAAAAGGAGAAGUGUGAUAAGAUCGAUAGAAAAAGCUACGAGGAAAAAGCUACCUUUAGAUUGGGUGCUCUUUUAAUACAAACGGCUCAUAACAGCAAGCUCGACGAAGCAAGCUUGAAAAAAGAUGCACUUUGUUGUAAAAGCAGAUAA